AUGGGGAGGCCUGAAUAUGUUUGGAACGAGGUUUGGACGUAUCUAGCAGAAGACGCUCAAUACAAUAGACGAAAAGUAUUAAAUGAUCAAGAUUUGUUUCAAAAUGAUCAAGAAAAAAAGGAUUUUGCACUGCUACAGUUGGAAAAACUCUUAUUACUUUACAAUAAGAGUUUGAAAGAUUUUCCAGACAUGCCUUUAGUCUUAGAAGGAUUGUCUGUUACGACUGACAAUAGGUUGAUCUUGGAAGAGUUAUCAUACGAUUGUGAUUUGCUUGCUAAAGAGAGUUACUUACUUCAUUCCCAACUUACAGAUGAGCAAAGGUCAAUUUAUGAUGCUGUUAUUUCUGAUGUUUAUUCUAACAAGGGUGGAUUGUACUUUGUUUACGGGUAUGGUGGUACUGGCAAAACAUUUCUUUGGAGGGCAUUAUCAGCUUAUAUUAGAGCUAAAGGUCAAAUAGUUAUCAAUGUGGCAUCCAGUGGUAUAGCAUCUUUGCUUUUGCCGGGAGGACGGACAUCACACUCUAGAUUUGCAAUACCUAUUUCUAUCAAUGAAGAGUCUACUUGCAAUAUUCAUCAAGGUAGUCAGUUGGCAGAUCUCAUUGUUGCAGCGAAGUUGAUAAUUUGGGAUGAAGCACCAAUGAUGCACAAGCACUGUUUUGAGGCUUUGGAUCGAACAAUGCGAGAUAUAUUGAGAUUUGUUAAUCAAGACAGUGGUCAUAGGACAUUUGGAGGUAAAACAGUGGUAUUUGGAGGUGACUUUAGGAAAAUUUUACCUGUGGUGCCAAAAAGAUCAAGACAAGACAUUGUUUCUUCAGCUAUCAAUUCAUCAUACCUUUGGAAGCAUUGCAAAGUUAUGCGCCUAACAAAGAAUUUGAGGUUAAAUAGUAUGCAACCUGGUUUGGAUCAACAACAAAUGGAAGAAUUUGCUAACUGGCUUGCUUUAAUAGGUGAUGGUACUAUUGGCGAAGAUAAUGAUGGUUACGCUGAGGUUGAUAUCCCGUCUCAAAUGUUGUUGAAAUCUAAUGGUGAUCCUAUUGCAACUAUUGUUAGCAGUACUUUCCCUCAGUUCAAUGGUGGUAUAAGUGAUGGUAGUUGCUUUCAUAGCAGUGCUAUUUUAGCACCUACAUUACAAGUUGUCAAUGAAGUAAAUGAAUAUAUGUCUGACUUGACUAUAGGGGAAGGGAAGACAUAUUACAGUUCUGACACAGCUUGCAAAGCUGAUGGUUCUUCUACUGUACUUGCAGAUGUCCAUACACCGGAAUUCUUAAACACUAUUAGAGCUUCAGGCCUGCCAAAUCAUGCUUUAACAUUAAAGGUUGGUUCACCUGUAAUGUUAAUGAGGAAUAUUGAUCACAGUCUAGGACUAUGCAAUGGUACUAGGUUGGUUGUUACAAGAUUAGAUGAACAUGUUGUUGAAGGAAGUAUACUUGCAGGACCCAAUGUUGGCACUAGGGUAUUGAUUGCUAGAAUGACUAUAACGCCAUCUGACACAAGAUUGCCUUUCAAGUUCAAUAGGAAACAAUUUCCUCUCAUGUAG